GGUGCGGGACAGCUGGCGCCGGCGGCGGCGGCGGCGGCGGCGGCGGCGGCUAAGGGGCAGGAGGCGGCGGCCCGGAGCGAGCCGGGGUGCAGGGAGCCUAGCAGCCGCCGCCCCGGCAGGGAAGGAACCUAAGGAAUCUCGGCUGCCCAGCGACCGUUCCUCACUUUUGGAAAUGGCGGGUGAAAUCACAGAGACCGGGGAGCUCUAUUCUCCCUACGUGGGACUGGUGUACAUGUUUAACCUCAUCGUGGGCACAGGUGCGCUCACCAUGCCCAAGGCCUUUGCCAGCGCGGGGUGGCUGGUCAGCCUGGUCCUGCUGGUGUUCCUGGGCUUCAUGAGCUUUGUGACGACUACCUUCGUGGUAGAGGCCAUGGCGGCGGCCAACGCUCAGCUCCACUGGAAGAGGAUGGAAAACCACCGGGAGGAGGAAGAUGACGACUCCUCCACGGCCUCCGACAGUGAUGUCCUUGUCCAGGACAACUACGAGCGGGCAGAGAAACGGCCCAUCCUGUCAGUGCAGAGACGUGGAUCUCUGAACCUUUUUGAAAUCACAGACCGGGUGGAAAUGGGACAGAUGGCCUCCAUGUUCUUCAAUAAAGUGGGGGUCAACUUGUUCUAUUUCUGCAUCAUCAUUUACCUGUACGGGGAUUUGGCCAUCUACGCUGCCGCCGUGCCCUUCUCCCUCAUGCAGGUGACCUGCAGCGCCACCGGCAACGAGUCCUGUGGUGUGGAGGCCAACAGCAAGCACAACGACACGGACCCGUGCUGGGGGCCCCUGCGCCGCGUGGACGCCUACCGCAUCUACUUGGCUGUCUUCACUCUCCUCCUCGGACCCUUCACCUUCUUUGACGUCCAGAAGACCAAGUACCUGCAGAUCCUGACCUCCCUGAUGAGAUGGGUUGCCUUCGCCAUCAUGAUCGUGCUGGCGCUGGUCCGCAUCGGGCACGGACACCGGCAGGGGCACCCGCCCCUGGCUGACCUCUCCGGGGUCCGGAACCUGUUCGGCGUGUGCGUCUACUCCUUCAUGUGCCAGCACUCUCUGCCUUCCCUCGUCACACCUGUGUCCUCCAAGCGCCACCUCACGUGCCUGGUCUUCCUGGACUACGUGCUCAUCCUCGCCUUCUAUGGCCUCCUCUGCUUCACCGCCAUCUUCUGCUUCCGCGGCGACAGCCUCAUGGACAUGUACACCCUCAACUUUGCACGCUGUGACGUCGUGAGCGUGGCCGCCGUGCGCUUCUUCCUGGGCCUCUUCCCCGUCUUCACCAUCAGCACCAACUUCCCCAUCAUCGCCGUGACCCUCCGCAACAACUGGAAGACGCUCUUCCACCGCGAGGGGGGCACGUACCCCUGGGUAGUGGACCGCGUGGUGUUCCCCACCAUCACCCUGCUGCCCCCGGUGCUGGUGGCCUUCUGCACCCAUGACCUGGAGUCCCUGGUGGGCAUCACGGGGGCCUACGCAGGCACGGGCAUCCAGUACGUCAUCCCUGCCUUCCUGGUGUACCACUGCCGCAAGGACACCCAGUUGACCUUGGGCUACGGGACCGUCAACAAGCAUAGGUCCCCUUUCCGCCACACCUUCUGGGUGGGCUUUGUGCUGUUCUGGGCUUUCUCCUGCUUCUUCUUCGUCACCGCCAACAUCGUCCUCAGCGAGACCAAGGUCUGAUGGCAGGAUGUGUCUGGUGGUAAGAGACCACUCCGGCGCCCCCGCUCACCUCCCCACCUGCAGAGCCAAGAGCUAGCUCCUUCCCAGGGUUCCUUGGGGUAGGCGAGGCCGGAUUCUUGGAGGGGACCCUCCACAUCUCUGGCCGGGGGUCUUCUCCCCCCACCAGGAUUCUGCACGGUCUGUACUGUGCCUCACUCGCUGGGCAACCUUUCCCCCCGGGUUCCCCUGCGUGGAGCUGCCCCUGGCCAGCCGAGCUGCACGGCCUGGGCACACAGCUGCCCCAGACUCCGGGCUUGGCCACGGCUCUACACACAGGCCCCAGCAGACAACCACCAGGGGCAGCCUCCUCCCCCGCACGGUGGGGACACAGUGCUGGCUGGCACUGCCACUAUUCAUACCAGACGCCACGUCCCCUCCUCCUUUGUCCCACCCCUCGUGCGUCCUAGUCCAGGGAAUCUGCCGCACGGGUAGCUGCUGCCUCAGGGCGAGUCCCAGGCCCUAAGCCUCGUCCCCACCAGGAUUGCCAGGUCCCACCUUCCCCUCAGGCCUGGAGUGGCCAGGUGCCACUCCCGGGGGAGGGCCUGGCCAGCCCCCAUGACAAGAACAGGAAGUGCUGAUCAGCACCAGGGUCCCUGGACUGUCGCUGUGAGGGCCCCUGCCGUGGGUGCCAGCACCAGUCCUGAGCUCCUGAGCCCGUGAUGACUCAGCCCAGGAGACAGUUUAAGCCCAGAGCUGUGACCCCUCAAAGGGAUCCGCUGCUCUCCUGACUGCCCCAUGGGGCCCGUGGGGUCUCCUGCACUACCAGGGGCAAUGUAUAAGGACCACGAAAGGGAGCCACCCCCAGCCACCAUCACAGUGGCUUGAGAGCACCCUGAGCAUGUGGCAGUGAGGGGGCUCUGCUUCCCACCCUCUAAGAGGUCAGGCCUAUGGGGCAGCAGCAGGCUUGGCUGUCCCCACUCGAGUACUAAAGGUGGCUCCCUUUUGAGCCACAUGCUCUCCAUGACCCUUGGGUGCUGUGGAGUGAGAUGGGGCACCAGGCACCAUUCUCAUGGAAGGAGGGGUGAGUUUCUAGCCACCUCACCAGCUCUUCCGUGGCCCCAUCCCUGUCACAAGCAUGCAUGCAUCUGCUGGGCCAGCCUUCCUUGGAAACACAGGUGACUAGUGAACUCUGCAUUUUCAGUGUGCCUUCUGCUUCAGGACCCGGGGGUCCUUCCUGACCCUCCCUGGCAUCCCCCCAGCCCUGGGCCUGGCCCACCUGUCCUGGAGCCCAGAGCAGCUUGACCUGGAGCUGCCUGUCUGGGGUGGGGCUUCAGGUCCCCAAACCAGCACCCCCCUUUUGAUUUCAGUGCCUUGCUCAGCCCACAUUCAGGAACCUUCACAGCCUCCUACAUGGCGCGGUAUUCAUACCUUGGACAGUGACCACGCCGGCUCUCCUGGGGCCCAUGGUGGUCUUGGAGGGAGAGGGAGGAAGACCUGGGAUAUGUAUGAACUGGGGAGUCCACAGGCAAUGCCACCCCCCGCCCUGGCCCCUGGCCGCCACAGCCCGUGAGAACCCCGGGUCGUGUGUGAUUGGCCAUGGUCUGCAUUCUCACUGU